GCACGUUGUUGGAGAUUAAAGUGUGUUGUCAGCGAGAAAAGUGCAAAUGGAACCCUAGUUAAGCGGCCUGUCGAAAAAUUAGAAAGAUUGGCAUAGGGAUGUUUUUCCUAAGUGCUAGUUCAUAUCGGAAAGAGACCCGUUAGGAACGAGACAGAACAAGCAAAGGCUCACUUAAUCUUAAGGCGAUAAAAAUAACCGCAAUGGCGGGUCGCAAUUUCUCAAAUGAAACACACGAUGAGCACCAAGCAGAGUUUGCCGGAGAUUUUGAUGCACGUUAUCACAUUCCUCCCAUUGCUGUCGCCGUUGUCAUCAUUGGAUUAAAUGGAUGGGUUUUGUACUUGGUGAAGACAAAGCCCAACCUGCAAUCUAGCAUGAACUUUUUGCUUUGUAGCCUGGCCCUGUCAGAUCUCUUGACAGGGUCACUGAGCAUACCACUUCAUGUUUGCUGUGAUGUCACCUGGAAAACCAAUAUUUGUGUGGCUUCGCAGCUUUUUAUGAGAUUUACGUCAGUUUCCACGGUUAUGCAUCUUUUGGCCAUAACAAUGGACCGCUACCUUGGCAUCAAACAUGCGCUUCGUUACAACGCUUUGGUCACAAAGAACAGGGUUAUUGUAACUUCAGUCUUCAUAUGGAGUUCCUCAAUAUUUGCAUCGCUGAUACAGCUAGCUUGGAUUAACUAUGGACGCGAUGACGUCGAUGAAGAAGACGAAGACCUCACUAAGCACGAAAUCCGCUAUGACGUCACUAAUCUCGUGCUAUAUGUUGUGAUCCCAUUUGUGGUCAUGACAAUCGUGUAUGUGACCAUAUUUUUUGAAAUAUUGCGUCAUUAUCGCAAUAUCAAACAGUAUAAUUCACCUGGAUGGGCUGAGACAAAGAAAAGGACACACCACGAAUGGAAGGCAGUUGCCAUUUUCUCCAUCAUGCUGUUUGUCUUCAUCGUCUGUUGGCUGCCAUUCUUCACAAUUCGCUUGCAAUACAACCUAGGGAAGAAGUUAUUUGAACUUCCACACUCCACAGAGUAUGUUUUCGUGUACCUGAGGUUUUUCACGUCUUUUUUCAAUCCUUUUAUGUAUAUCUUUGGUAAAAGAGACUUUCGUCAGGCCAUCAAUUUCUCAAGGAGGAGCCUAUUCACGCGGUUCCAUUCUUCUUCUUAUCAUUCAUCUAUGAAGACAACCACGGUUUAGAAUGGCGCAUAAAACAUCCCCUUCUGAAAUUAUUGUUAUGAGAAAUCACUCAAUUUCUGAUGGUAGAGGUGUGUCUCAGUUUCAUCUUUUUAUGACCACGAGCAAUCGAAGAUUUUUUCCGAAAGGGAGUCUAUAAGCUCUAUCCCUUUUUUUAAAUAGUAAGGGCUCGCUGGAUUAGAGAUGAAAUUAUUGGAAAUAACUGGAAGCAGAAAUAUCAAAAACAGCGCAGCCCACCAAGUGGGUGUCCUCUUAUUAAAAAGCAUUGUCGAUCAACGUUACCAGUGACUGAUUUACUUUUCAAUUAAAUAUUUAACUUCUCUCACAACUCCAAUUCAUUAACCAGCAAAAAACAGUUGGUAAUUAGUUAGGAAACCUGAGAGAUGUCUUGUUUUUCUUGGAGUACUAAUUUGGAGCGGCUUUUAAAGGAUUGAUCAAUGGGAACUUCCUAUCAAUCCAACCAUUAAAAAAAACAAACAAACAAAAAAAAAAAACAAAAACAGAAACAAAAAUUACACAAACAAGAAACAAACAAACAAACAAACAAAAGAACAAGCAGGGUUAAAGAUUAAACAUGUACUAUGGCAUUGUCGUUGGCAGCCUUGAGUUUAGGCAAUUGGCUACUUUUAACUAUGCCAAACCGUAUACAGACAUAUUAAUAUAUUUAAGUGAGUGGUGGAGGCUGAUUAGCUUCUCCACUCCUCCUUGUGAAUUGGCAAUGUUUAGCCCUUGCUGAUCGAGAAUUUUCACCAUGUGCGCUACAUCUUAGCUACUUAGUCAUAGCGUAACAGAAGCCCAGUUAGCACAGUGGUGAGAUAUUAAACAAUGUUUCUAUUAUCAUUUAUUACACGACUCGGGCAGUCAGAGGGCCAAUAACUAAAAUCAACCAAUCAAAA